CUCAGAUAUUAAAUCGCAAGCCUCGCGCUUGUCAGCUAUGCCUUGAAUUCAUAGCAUACCCUCUUGCGUUGAUUGAUAUCACCUCUCUCCGAAAAACUGGAGGUGAUACCCCGCGAUCCAGAAAACUUCGUCCAACGGAUCGAUGGAGAUCGAGGACAUCAUCCGGGGAGUCCAGCCUCGUAUAGGCGAGGUAGUCCCGGUAAAAACAGUUCAAGAGACUCAGCCCAUUGAAGAAUUCGCCGAGGCAUAUGUCGCAGAAGUCAGUGUAAGAUCCGCUUCAAAGGUGAUCAAAGUCCUUGACUCGAACUUCUCUCGUGAUGCUUCACAACCCAUGAGCCAUCUUCGUCGCUUUGCAAAAUACAGCAAUUUACCGGAACAUCUCCAAACAAACUUUUCAAAGGACAAACCCUCCACGAAAACUAUCUUUGUUUUGGUUUCUCCACCUCUACCUGAUGUUGAUCGUCUGAAAGAACUGCUAGCUCCCUUCGCCCCAGAACCGGAAGAUGGCCCUUCUACACAGCCCUCGGAGCCUGCUGGCCAGAUCAUACUCCAUACCAUCAAAAUCCCCACCCUUCCUCCUCUCAAUACAACUCAAGCGGACACCUGGACAAAAAACUUAUGGCCAGUCAUUUUUAACCCCGCUGCCGCACGAGCCACAGUCGCUCCUCCCGUUCAGGUCCUAAACCGUACACUUGGGUCUAUCCAGCCGGAUGCCGGAUACUACAUAGCGCUAGCGCACAGAGUUGCCGAUGAAGCAGAGCAAUCUGGUCGUGGUCGUCGCGUUGGUGCAGUGGUCGUCGACCCAGAAAUCACAUCUCGGAUACUAGAAACCGCCGACGACGCGGACUCCCGAUGGGCAGAUGCAAUUGUGGCCGUAGCAGGCGAUGCACGGUAUGCUCGGAGGGAAGCUGGAGCCCUUUCAGAGUCAGAAAUUCAACUGGGGAUUGGACCUAACCCUGAUCGAGAGACAUACAACCCUGACCUAGAAGGAGGUCCAGAUCUUCACGCGUUGAUGAGGGUAGUUGAAAUUAUAGCUUUCAAACGACGAGCAGAAGAUCCAGAUGCAGAGAACGAUAAACCCGAUUUGAGCCCAUUAGAAUCCUAUUUCCUUUCGCAAAUGGACUCUACUUCUUUGGAGUCCCUGGAUGUAUCGCCAGUGCCAGAGAAGUACCAGAAGACGGAGAAGGGGCCGCAGCCGGUUGCUAUGUCAUCGGAAGAAGUGCUAGCAACUCGAAUUCGACCGCGGUCGCAAGGUGGAUAUCUGUGCACUGACUUGGAUGUAUAUUUGACCCAUGAGCCCUGCAUUUGCUGCUGCAUGGGCCUGCUUUUGUCACGGUUCCGGUCCGUAACAUUUCAUCGACAGGGACGCAUGGUGACAGGAGGACUUGCCUCUGAACCUGUUGUUACGCCGGUGUCUGAGCCCGUGGAGCACGAUGACCCUGGAUGCGAGGAUAAGAAGCGACUAUAUUAUGGAAUACACUGGCGAAAGGAAUUGAACUGGCGGGCCUUGGGCUUUGAAUUCAUAGAAGAUGAAGUGUCGGGGCAAAAAUUGGCAGAGGAUGGGAUUGCAUUCCAUGCAUAAUUACCCGGUCCGUGGGCUUAUAUAUGAGGAAAGGACAUUAAUUAGACUGUAAUACAUAUGGAUAUACA